ACUUUUGACAGUGGGGUUAGGAGGCUGUGUGUGAUAGCUUGGAUGGUUCACCGCCGCCCCAAGUCCUCUUCUCUGCAGCUGAGGUUUCGGGUUUCAACCCUCCCAGGACCGCGAGACGUUGCAGCCAGCACCGCGCGGCUGGCGCCUCCGCCUCCGCGCCUUCACCGCGGCUGCUCGCGGAAGAUAAUUUCGGGGCCGCGGCCGCGCGCUCGCCCCGCGCCAGACCCAGGUUGGGCGCAGCGGCGGAGGCUGCUUCUGGGCUGCGCUGGCUGAGUGCGUUGGGAGGCGGCGAUCACAGCUGGGCCGGGACUUCCUUCCUCCACCGCAGGACAACAAAACAACCCGGCAGCAGGCACUGAGCUAUUGGCAGCCGUCUGGGCGAGAGGCACAGCGAUGGGCUCCGUGCUGAGUAGCGAUAGCGGCAAAUCGGCGCCCGCCUCUGCCACCCCGCGGGCCCCGGAGCGCAGGGGGGACCCUGAGCUGCCAGUCACGUCCUUCGACUGCUCCGUGUGCCUUGAGGUGUUACACCAGCCCGUCCGGACCCGCUGUGGCCACGUAUUCUGCCGUUCCUGUAUUGCUACCAGUCUAAAGAACAAUAAGUGGACCUGUCCAUAUUGCCGGGCAUAUCUUCCUUCAGAAGGAGUUCCAGCAACUGAUGUAGCCAAAAGAAUGAAAUCCGAGUACCAAAACUGCACCGAGUGUGACACCCUGGUUUGCCUCAGUGAAAUGAGGGCACAUAUAAGGACUUGUCAGAAGUACAUAGAUAAGUACGGACCACUACAAGAACUCGGGGAGACAGCAGCAAGGUGUGUAUGUCCGUUUUGCCAGAGGGAAUUGGAUGAAGACAGCUUGCUGGAUCAUUGUAUCACUCAUCACAGAUCGGAAAGGAGACCUGUAUUCUGUCCACUUUGCCGUUUACUACCUAAUGAGAAUCCAAGUAGCUUCAAUGGCAGUUUAAUAAGACAUUUGCAAGUUAGUCACACUUUGUUUUAUGAUGAUUUCAUAGAUUUUAAUAUAAUUGAGGAAGCUCUUAUCCGAAGAGUCUUAGACCGGUCACUUCUUGAAUAUGUGAAUCACUCGAACACCACAUAAUCUUAUUAAAAGGAAGAGGAAGGGGACCAUUCACUUGCACCAUAAGAUGCUGCUUAAACAAUUAGAGAGAGAUUGUCAAUGUUUGAUGGACAAAAAUGUACAACACAGUUAUAUGUUUGCCUAUGGUUAUUGGUAUAGUGCAUUUAAAUCUGCUUUCAUUUUGAUGGUUUAAAUCUGUCUUACAUUCUUGAGUUUCUAAGACAUUUAACAACAAAAAUUCAUCUAUGUCAGUCAAUAUAUGGAAGAGACACAGGCUAAGCAUGUAGGUAGAGGAUCUCUAUUUGCAAAUUUGAUGAUACUGAGUGUAAUACUACAUAUUAAUAAUGACCAUCAUGGUUAGGCAUGAAAACUAAUCUUUGUUCUAUGUGAAAAGAUGGAGAGUGAAGCAAAGUGCAGACAUUUUAGGAAAUAAGAAAUCUGUUCCAAAGCUUUUGUUUUAAUAUCUAAUAUAAUAACAUGAAUAAUUUUGUAUGGGAGUAGGAAAGGAAAAUUUUGGAAAUCAACAAAGUUCAUUUAACCAAACUGUAUUACAUAAUAUUGUAACAAAAUAAAUUUUGUGUUAGAAAAGUAUACUUAAUUCUUUGACUUUUUAUAACUAUAUACAUAUAGAAGAAUUUAAUACUAUAUUUUUCAAAUUUUUGUAGCUUAUUAUUUAGAAACAUUUCUAUAAUAUAGGCAAUUUCUUAAGAACCAUUAUCUGAUAUUUA